AUGUCUGCCGGAGACGGAACUGCGACGGACUCAGCCGCGCAAGGCGGCCAGCAAGCCGACGACGAUAGCUCUCAGCACAGGACGAAGGAGGAUAGCUCCUCCGAUCUGAAGCGCAAAAGCCCGCCGGCAAGUGACCGCGAUCUCGAGGACGAACAGACAGAUUCCAAGAGGGCCAAGGCCGAUGGCCAGGCCCUCAGUGGCGAUACGGACGAGACCACCGAUCGCGAUGGGCCCCGUAGAGACAGCACUACCCGCCGAGACUCUACAAAUGCUGGUGAACGGGAACGACGCGGCUCGCAAGCUGACACGGAUCGAGGCGACCCACGAGACCGUCGGCUCUCCGGCAGCGGAACCCGGGAGAGAGUCUCGCAGGAGGAGCGCAAGAGGGGCCAGCGCCUGUUUGGCGGUCUACUAAGCACCCUGAACCAGAAGCCAUCCAACACAAACCAGCAGAAGCGCAGGCAGGAGAUUGAACGACGGCAGCAGCAGAGAGCCCGUGAGCAGAGAGUAGAAGAUGACAAGCGACAUGCAGAUAAACUUGCCAAGAUUGCCGCCGCUCGCAAGAUCCAGCAGGUUGAAUUUGACGAGCAAGUUAUGCGUACUCGACACUCAAACAUGCGAGACAAGGCCAAGGUUCUUCUCACUUUCGCCGAGCCGAGAAUAUACUAUAUGCCUUAUGACCCCACACCUGAGCAAGAGGACACGAUCAAAGCUCAGAUCGAUGAUGUGGAGGCUCGCAUCAGGGACGAGUUCGACGAGUUUCGGGUAGAGAAGGAAAGAAGACUCAGGGACCUAGGCGUGCCCCAACAGGCACCGGCUGAUGAGCCUGUGGUUGGUGAGCCCGCGCCCAGACCCUCUAACCUUCCCCCAGCAGAAGAGACGGGCCAUGAGCGGCCGGCCACGGCGCACGGGCACGAGAGAGAUCAUGACGAAGGCAGGGACAUCAUGGUCGAGACGGAGGAGGACACGGUAAUCUACUAA